AUUCAAUGAAUGAGGUCAUCGUCCCUCAAAAAAAGAUCUUUCGCAAUUCCAGCUCAUUUUUCUUGUCUCCCAAGACUUCAACGGAGGCCAACUAUCAACACUGAUGACCCGCCGCUGCUGUUGAAGCUCUGGUUAGCUAGCUAGUAUUCAACAACCUGCCGAAGCUUUCCAAGCUGAGAAGUCAUGAAAGUCACUGUCGCCGUUGGUAUUCUCAUCAAUCUGGUGUCUCCUGCUCGAGGCAGCUUUUUGCGUCUGCUUCAAAAGGCCGCCGAAGACAAUUGCGAAUAUGACUUGGUGAACUGCCAAGACACACUGGCCAUUUGCCUUGGUGAUGAUGAUGUGAUGGAGAGUGCCGGUGGCAUGGACGAUGAUAAUAUUGCAUUGGAAGGGAGCCCUUCUUUUACGUUUGUUCGCCCUCCUCCUCCUGGUGACAACACUUGCGAAGGAACUGACCCAGACUUUGAAUCUAUUGCGUGUAUGAUUGACGGGGUCGUCAAUGCCCUGGAACAAGCUGGAGCAAAUGUGACGGAAGGCUACGUCGGCGAGAUCGAAACUGAAGCAGUGCCGAUCACCUCUACCUUCUUUGAAGCUGGUCUUUGUCCCGUCAACGUCCACUGGCACCGUGGCACGGAGCAUUAUUCUUUGGGUCAAUACGAUGAAAAUGGAUCUGGUCCAACUCGUGAACUCGAUGAAGGUUUCCAUGGAUCUUACCCAGAAGAUGAGGCUCGUCUUGGCUACGAGUGCAGCCUCUACGAUGAAACCGACCCCAAGUUCACAACACCAUAUGACUGGCAAUACUGCACGAGCAUGACAGUUGGUGAAACCUAUGAAAUUCACUGGCCACAUUCCAGUGCUGGUGCUUGUGGCACCCUGAACCAGUACCAGACUCCAUUCCAGGAUGGUGUCUUUUGUAAAUCCGAUGAAAUUGAGCUUGACCCCCUUUCGCUCACCGUUGGCGUGCAGGCCCAAGUGUUUGUCAUUGUCAACGAUGAAACCUACUUCUAUCCUCAGAUGAUGCGUGGUAUGCUUGUUGAUGGCGAGAUGGGCAAAUAUGUCACCAAGUACACAGGUUCCACAACUGGCACAUCAUUCAACGACGAGAUUUGUUCCGCCUACACUCCCAUUACGUGGCAAGUAGACCGAAUGUGCCAUUUGAUUUCAGCAAGUUCUAUUGACAAGCUGUGCGCUGACAUGCUUAGUGAGAGAAAUGACAUGUCUGGAGACACCCAGCCUCAUGGAUCACGUGAGUUGGUUCCUGACGAUUUGGCUGCAAACAACCAUCAAAACAGGGCCUUUCGAUACUAAUAAGAGUCUACGUGGGUGACGGGAAGGUUGUGUGUGCACAAUCUGUGGUAUUGGUCACACGCCAGUAUUAUUUGCGAGGGGAGUCAAACGCUCCACUAGUCGUCCGUAGCUUAUAACUCGACAUAUUUGGAAAACUUGCUUGUAGCC